UGCCGUUGAGUCAAUUCAAACUCAUAGAAACCCUAUAUGAUGGAGUAGAACUGCCCCAUAGGGUUUCCUAGGCUAUAAUCUUUACAGGAGCAGAUUGCCAGGUCUUUUCUCACACAGAGCUGCUGGUGGGUUCAAACUUCCAACUUUUGGGUUAGCAGAUAAACACUGAACACUUAACCAUUGUACCACAAGGGCAACUACCGUAAGUAUUUUAAGGCACAGAUAUUAUUUCACAGUUGUGCCUCAAUAGCUUUUAUCACUGCUAAGAUACAGACCAAAUUCUUAACACACACUGUAAGGUGUCCUGAUCCUUACUGGUCUUCUUUUAUUCCAAACUGAUGUUUCUUCAGGCUUCUGGGUUUUCCUUUGUCUAAAUAACUCUUGCUACUCUUUCUCACUAAAUUAACUUCUAUUCAUCAUUUCAUCAAUCUUAACACAAGUAUCUUUCAGACCAGAGCAGAUUGCACUGUUAUGUGCUGUCAUUGUUCUCAUAGCAUUUUGUUCUUUUCUUCACGUCACUUAUCACCAUUAUAAUCAUCUAAUUAUGUGAUUAGUUACUUACUGCCCAUCUUCACUAGUAGACAGCAAACUACAUGAAAGCAGGGUCUGUGUUUUAGCCCAGAGUGUGACACAGUGCUUGGUUCAUAGGCGGUGUUCAUGGUAGCUGCUCAAUUAAUACUUGUUAAAUGAAUAACGAAUGCAUUUCCUUUUCAGAAGGACUUUUGUGUCUGUUGGUGCAGAUGUUUCUUUAAUGUCAAAGUUCAAAGUGAAAUGUCAUCUGAUUCUUUCAACAGCUCCAGUUCAUCUCUCUCUCUCUCUUUUUUUCUCCUUGUUGUCCCUUUAGGGUAACACAGACGAGUCAAUGAAUAAGACAAAUUAUCCUGCUGUGUCUGAAUUUGUGCUCCUGGGACUUUCUACCUCCAGGCCAAUGCAGCAUUUUCUACUUUCCUGCUCUACCAUUUUCUAUAUAGUAAUUAUUCUCGGAAAUGUCCUUGUUGUGUUUAUAGUGACCUUUGACCUUCAUUUACAUUCCCCUAUGUACAUCCUGCUAGCCAACCUCUCAUUUAUUGAUUUGUGUCUUUCUACAUUAACGGUUCCUAAGAUGAUUUAUGACCUGUACUCUGGGCAGAAGUCAAUAUCAUUCCAGGGGUGUGUCAUCCAGAUUUUUAUCCUUCAUGUCCUGGGUGGAUCUGAGAUGGUGCUGCUCAUAGCCAUGGCUUUUGACAGGUAUGUGGCCAUAUGUAAGCCCCUCCACUACCUGACCAUCAUGAGUCCACGGAUGUGCAUUUGGCUUCUGGUUGGUGCUUGGAUUAUUGGUGUCAUUCACUCAGUGGCCCAGCUAGCUUUUGUUGUCCAUUUGUAUUUUUGCGGCCCUAAUGAGAUAGAUAGCUUUUACUGUGAUCUACCUCGAUUUAUCAAACUUGCCUGCACAGACACUCACACACUGGAAUUCAUAGUUACUGCCAACAGUGGGUUCAUUUCCAUGGGAACCUUCUUCUUAUUGAUUUUCUCCUACAUCUUCAUUCUGGUCACUGUAUGGAAACACUCUUCAGGCGGCUUGUCCAAGGCCCUCUUUACUUUCUCAGCUCAUAUCACUGUGGUGGUUUUGUUCUUUGGACCAUGCAUUUUUGGCUACGUGUGGCCGUAUCUCUCAGUGCCGGUGGAUAAAUUUCUUUCCAUUUUUGACUUCAUGAUUACACCCAUCCUGAAUCCUGCCAUCUAUACAUUGAGGAACAAGAAUAUGAAGGUGGCAAUGAGGAGACUAAGUAGCCAACUUCAGAAGAGCUCCCAGCUACCUAAUGUGAACACAAGUUACUUUGCGUAACUUCAGAUGAUUUCAAGCACCGCAAAUGCUUAAAUAA